GCUCGUGCCACCCCGUUUGUCAUGCUGCCACGAGCCCGUGCCUACAACCGCGAGUGCCUGGACGCGUCCUCACGGAGCAGGAGACAAGAUGAAAUCGGGUCUGCCGCUAUUGAUCCUAUCUGUCUCAGCUGCUGUCUUGUCUGCAGAACGUGAACAAGUAACAAAGCGAGAUGGAGAAACUGUGACUUUGCACAUAAACAAAACAACAGAUCCUCUUAAGAAUUACCUUUGGAGCUACGGGCCUCAACAUCCUGUUCGGGUAAUUACCAUCGUCACCAAUGGGGAGGUCACUGUUGUCAAUGGAACCAGAUUUGGAAACAGGCUACACAUACAUGUAGAAACAGGAUCAAUAACCAUCUCUAACCUCACCACCAAAGACACUGGGGUAUUUCAGGUUCAGAUCAUCACAGAAACAGGACUCCUGACACAAAACUUUAACCUCACUGUCCAAGAUAACUAUGUUAUUACUCAUAACGUUUUGGUGGGGAACAAUGUGACACUGGACCCUGGAGUAAAACAGCUGCAGAAAGAACAUAACGUCUCUUGGACACUGGGAGAGAAUUUCAGUGGGAAGCUGAUAGCUUGGUGGAAAAACUUUGAGAUCUUUAUGGAGGAAAGUUUUAAGGAUGUUCUGCAGCUGAACCCACAGACUGGUUCUCUCUCCAUUAUUGGGGUGACAAAGAACCAGACUGGCUUUUACUGUGUCACAAUACUGCUGGGUGACUACCCCCACAUACGGAGACAACAUUCAGUCAGAGUCUUUGAACCUGUUUCUGAACCGCACGUCUCUCGAGAUACAACACGUUCGCUGAAUGAUGGGAACUGCUCCAUCGUCUGUUCUGAGAAGAACGCACCUGAAGUUACCUUAGCCUGGUACAGUGGAGAGAAGGAGAUCAACCACACCAGCAACAGUGACGUCUGCACCAACCUGACCCUUCCUCUGGAGAUCCACAGUCAGCAUGAAGCAAACUACAGCUGUGAGGCAACCAACCCUGCCAGUAGGAAGACAGUUAGUGUGGACUCCACACAGUGGUGUCCACCUCACAGUGCAGGUCUUAUGACGAUUGUUGCAGGCGUUGUUGCAGGUCUACUGGUGUUUGCACUGGUGGUUGUGGUGUGUGUGCGCAAGCAAAAGAGCAGAAAUGAAGCUACUGAUUGUUUUUGUAUGAGAAAUAUGGCACAAGAGACGCCACCUCAGAACAACCAAGUUUCAGAGGGCAGUUCUGAGGCUGCAGAAGAACAAGGCCUGCUGACAAACAGAUGAGGAAGAUUUGACAGCAUCAGCAUUAAUGAAGUGACUGAUGUCUGCUUUACCAUGUCAGCCAGCACACCUCCAACCCUUUCUGUUCUCACUGAGAGUGUGUGUGUGUGUGUGUGUGUGUGUGUGUGUGUGGUACCUUUGCUUAUUGUAACGUGUCAUCAUUGUUCUUCAUGUAAACUGUUAUCCUAUGUGACACUGAUUAAUUCCCUGAAGAGCAAUAUUUUAAUUUCUUUCUAACUCUGGAAUGCUGUCUCUGUUAGAAAUAGAAACUAUAAAUGAUUAUUGGUGUAUUCAUGGUUGAAAUUAUUCCUGGUGUCUCUGAUCUGGCAUUUAUAUUGAUAUGUUGUCAUUCCUGCUUCACAGGAGAAUCUCCCGUCUUUGUUAAAAUGUUAUUCCAGACUGUUGGCAUUACUGAAUAUUCAGACCGCUGAAAUACAUUACAACUCAGUGAAGAA